UAACGCCCAAUGACUAGAUUCGUGAAACGUGAUUCAUAGAUUGUUGAAUGAUUCUAUUCCAAUUACACCGCACCUCCCACUGAGGACAUGACCAGUUUAUGUUGCAGUUCCAAUGAAAUCGCACCUGUCACUCAAGGAAUGGCCAGUUCAUAUUUCAGUAAUGUUGACGAGUAUGGAUUCGAGAGACCAGCGGAUUUCGACUACAGAAAUUACGAGGAAUUUAUGUCUGAGUACCUAAAAGUUCUAGCUAAACGAGCAAAAAAAUGGUCUGAGAUAUUCGGUGAAGGAAAAUCCCUAGAGCGAAGUAUAACAAUAAAAAGAUAUGUUCGCAAAGGCAUUCCAGGGGAGCACAGGGGAAUGGUAUGGCUCUCCGUGAGUGGAGGUGAAGACCUACGAAAUGCUAAUCCUGAUCUCUACCAAAAACUACUCAAUGGACCCCACAACAGUGAGAUUAAGGAAAUAAUCAGAACAGAUCUCCCUCGUACAUUUCCAGAUAAUAUAUUCUUCAACCAUACUGUUAAUCAUCAGAAUCAGCUCUAUAAUAUUUUACUGGCAUUUGCCCACGAGAAUAAAACCGUUGGCUACUGUCAAGGACUGAAUUACAUAGCAGGAUUGUUAUUGCUCGUAACGAAAAACGAAGAGACUGCCUUUUGGCUGCUCAAAGUAUUAAUCGAGAAAAUAUUGCCGGAUUAUUAUACCCCGACAAUGGACGGAUUGCUCACAGACAUCGAUGUACUCGCUGAAUUGGUUAAAUUAAAAAUUCCAGAUGUCUAUAAUCAUGUUACUAAUUUAGGACUGCCCUGGGCUGUCAUAACAACGAAAUGGUUUAUAUGUUUAUUCGCUGAAGUGCUCCCCAUCGAGACAACACUGAGAAUAUGGGACUGCCUUUUCUACGAGGGCAGUAAAAUAAUAUUCCGCGUAGCUCUCACUCUCAUCAAACGAAACAAAAACAAUUUAUUGUCAUGCCAGGAUUUUUCAUUACUAGCCGAUUGUUUCAAAGACAUUACGAAAGACAGUAUAGUAUUGCAGUGUCACGAGUUCAUGCAGAGUAUUUUUAAGGUGCCCGGAUCAUUACCCAAAAGUACCAUUAUGAAAUUACGAAAUAAAGUGUCACAAGAUCGAGAAUUAAAAAAUAAACCGAACCUGGAGCGGUAGUAUUAACUCAAAUAUUGAAAUUGAAUUUAUAAAUUUACGGUCUAGUCACGUUUGCAACAAAAUAUUCAAUUCUAUCGAAAAACC